AGAAAAGUCUGAUUUUUUAUUUUUUAAGAGUACAAUGCAACCGAAUUUGGUGAGUUCUUUCAUUGUAAAAGAGACGACAAAGCCAUACCAAAGUCGAUGAUGUGUAUAUAUGCCGUAGAUGCCAGCGGUUACAUGACUGGAUGCAGAUCUGGAGAUCAUUUACAACAUUGUGAAAAUUUCACUUGUCCAGCAAAUACAGUCAAAUGUCCUGGAAGUUAUUGUAUUGAACAACGAUUUCUUUGUGACGGACAUAAUGAAUGUCCUGGAGGGGAAGAUGAACAAGACUGUACUUGUGGAGACUCGGAUAGAGAAGUUAUCUUAUUCGUGGAAGAUGAAGGCUCUGAGAGCAGGGAAGCAGCAAUGCAUUUGGCGGAACAAUUUUUUACAAACAGUGAGAAGAAUAUCGUUAAAUUGUUUAAUUUCAAUAUUCUUCAUAGAAAAAUGAAGUUUGACAUUGAGUACAGGUUAUUGGAAAUAAAGGUAGAACGUGUUACCAGAGAACACGGAAUAGAGGAAACUGGAUGCAAGUUUAAAACAAUGGCAAGAGACUUUCUUAAACAACUAAAUUUUUCCGAGCUAGAAAAAAGAGCGCUUAUUGUACUAGAAAACAGUAUUGAAUCAUCAGUUGUCGCUAGCUUCCCUAAGGCUACAAUCGUACCACCAUGUGUUGGAAAGUACAGAUGUUCGUCUAGUAAGCAAUGUAUACAUUUGAACAAAAGUACAGCUGACAUGGAGGUGUUUCACCAGCACAUCUUGGUGUAUUGUACCAAAGGAUUUGCUUACACUCCACCUGUUUAUAGCGGUUGGAUGGAAUUAAGAAGAAGAGAAAAAUAUCAUUAUAUGGAUACCAUUUUACAGGAAGCUAUAUCCAUGAGAAUGAGUGACAAAGAGGGGGUAUAUAAAAGAAGAAAGUUAGAGGAAGAUGACCCCCGCAGACUUUCAAAACAUUUGGCCCCAGUUAGCCCAAAGCCUACCCAAGCCAUUCAUGAUGAACAUAAAUCAAAAUAUGAUUGACUUUUUAUGGAAAAGAAUGAUAGUGUGUUACACUGAUUGCCCAACUAUUCAAACAUAUCUAAGCUGAGAUUGAAUACCUGGUACUCAUGAUAGUUUUAUGAAAUAUCUUUUUAGAUAUGGCACUGUAUCUAUCUUGUUUCGAAAAAAAUUCUCUUGAUUCAUUUGUCAUGACUGAAGGUCUGUUUUUAAUAUUUUGUCAGAAAAAAAUGACUACUUUUUAUACAAGUGCAAAAUAUUAUCCAAUCUAUUAAACUAAUAAUAAGUGCUGCUAUGAGCUUUAAUGUAGUAAAAAAGUUAAAAGUAUUAUUCAAUUAUAUCUUUUGAUAUGCAUGUACUAUGUCAUUCACUUUAGCUCAGCUUUUCUUUUUUUUAUUUUUGAAAAAAGAAAUAAAGGUUGCUGCUGUUGCCUUCUGCAAACUUGAACCUUGUUCAUAACUUUUAAAGUUCUUGGUGUAUUGUCUACACAUUGGUCACCACAACCCUUGCAACAAGAUAUUUAAGAAGACAUGACUAACCUUGGCCUUCAUUCAUAAUUGACCUUGACCUUCAAGGUUAAUGUCUAAUUUUUGGCUUUGCUUGUUAUUUGCUAUAAGUGGCUUUAACUUUAUUGCCCUUUGUUAAUUUGUCAUAUUUCAUUUUUGUCUUGGCCAUUUCUCCUAAACUAUAUUGUUCACAAGGCAACACAUCCGACGUGCGGAGAUCUAGUUGUUAUUAGUCCAUGAAUUGUUUGUAGUCCAAUCUAGU